AUGGGAGUCUCCACAGCCCCGCCGCCCUCCCGCAGUAUGAAAACCCUGAAGAAGCAGCGGCUAGAAGUCCUGAGCGCCUACUGCUACGUGCUCACUUUCCUCUUCACGGGCCCCUUCUGUUCCCUUCUUCUCUUCCUCCUCUUCACGUCGCUCUGGUAUUUCUCUGUUCUCUACUUGGUAUGGUUCUUCCUGGACCGGGACACACCUGCCCAAGGAGGAAGGCGUUCUGAGUGGAUGAGGAACUGGAACUGGAAGCACCUAAGGGAUUAUUUCCCCAUAAAACUGGUGAAAACAGUAGAGCUGCCCCCUGACCGGAACUACCUGCUGGUCGCUCACCCACAUGGGAUCAUGGCCAUGGGAAUCCUCUGUAACUUCUCCACUGAGAACUCCAGCUUCUCCCAGCAGUUCCCCAGGCUUCGGCCCUUGACGGCCAUGCUGAAUGGCCUCUUCCAUUUCCCAGUCUACCGAGACUACCUUCUAUCCUUUGGAGGAUGUUCCAGGAAUGGCCAGAGCCUGGGUUUUAUUCUGUCGCAGCCUCAGGUCGGGCAGGCUGUGGUCGUCCUGGAGGGGGCCCACAGGUCCCUGUAUGCCAUCCCAGGGGAGCACUGCCUCACUGUCCAGAAUCGGAAAUGCUUUGUCCGCCUGGCACGGAGGCAUGGCACUUCUCUGGUGCCCGUGUACUCCUCUGGGGAGAAUGAUAUCUUCAGAGUUAAGGCUUUUGCCCCAGACUCGUGGCAGCAUCUGUGCUAGAAGAUGCUGGGCUUCAAGAAGCUCCUGGGCUUUUCUCCUUGCAUCUUCUGGGGCUGUGGUCUCUUCUCAGCCAACUCCUGGGGCCUGGUGCCCUUCUCCAGGCCCAUGACCACUGUGGUGGGCUGCCCCAUCCCGGUGCCCCAGUGUCUCCGGCCCACCGAGGAACAGGUGGACCACUCUCACAUGCUCUACAUGAAGGCUCUGGAGCAACUGUUUGAUGAGCACAAGGAAAGCUGUGGUGUCCCAGCUUCCACUCGCCCCACCUUCAUCUAG